GGUUCCCGCUCCACCAGCAGCACCGGGGCAGGAGGAGGUAGUGCAGGAGGAGGUUUGGCUGGAGAGGUUUCACAUUCUGCUUUUCUGUCCAGUUCAGACAUGAGUGGAGCGCCAGAAAUCCCUGCCGCGAUGUCUCCGUGACACAGGAGUUUUGUUUUUUCGUAUAUUGAGUAUAUUGGACAUGGAUGGUCCCGCUCACCAUCACCGCCGUUUUGGUUAAAUGCUUGGGAUUUUUGGAUCUCCUGUUCCUCUGUAGUAUCACUAUGGCAUUACAACUCAUCAGCUUGACCCGGGCAUCAUAUCAACUCUUUCUUGUUCUCACGGCCGAGAUUUGCUGUUGGUGUCAACGCCUGGAUCCUCUCCCGACGGAGUAUGCCCACUCCAUCCGAAUAGACGGCGACAUCAUCCUGGGGGGUCUGUUCCCGGUGCACGCCCGCGGCGAACGUGGCGUGCCCUGCGGAGAGCUGAAGAAGGAGAAGGGCAUCCACAGACUGGAGGCCAUGCUCUUUGCCAUCGACCUGAUCAACAAGGACCCGGAGCUGCUUCCGAACGUGACCCUCGGUGCUCGCAUCCUGGACACCUGUUCCCGGGACACGUACGCUCUCGAGCAGUCGCUCACGUUUGUCCAAGCGCUCAUCGAGCGUGACGGCUCGGAUGUACGCUGCGCGAACGGCGACCCCCCUGUCUUCGCCAAGCCUGACAAGAUAGUGGGAGUCAUCGGGGCAUCCGCCAGCUCCGUGUCCAUCAUGGUGGCCAACAUCCUGCGGCUGUUCAAGAUUCCUCAGAUCAGCUAUGCAUCCACAGCGCCGGAGCUGAGCGACAACACCCGGUACGACUUCUUCUCCCGUGUGGUGCCUCCAGACUCCUACCAGGCGCAGGCCAUGCUGGACAUCGUCACAGCCAUGGGUUGGAACUACGUGUCCACUCUGGCGUCCGAGGGCAACUAUGGAGAGAGCGGCGUGGAGGCGUUCAUUCAGAUCUCUAGAGAGAUUGGUGGAGUGUGUAUCGCACAGUCGCUGAAGAUCCCGCGUGAACCGAGGCCGGGGGAAUUCGACAAGAUAAUCGUUCGGUUGAUGGAGACCCCGAACGCUCGCGCAAUCAUCAUGUUUGCAAAUGAGGACGACAUCAGGCGUGUCCUAGAUGCUGCCAAAAGGAACAACCAGACGGGGCACUUCCUGUGGGUUGGGUCGGACAGUUGGGGCUCCAAGAUCUCCCCAGUGAUCCAGCAGGAGCAGGUGGCCGAGGGCGCGAUCACCAUCUUGCCCAAACGAGCUUCAGUAGAAGCUUUCGACCGUUACUUCAAAAGCCGCUCGCUUUCCAAUAACAGGAGAAACGUGUGGUUUGCUGAAUUCUGGGAAGAAAACUUCAACUGCAAAUUGGGCAUGCAUGGCAAGCGGCUGGCGAGCCCCAAGAAGUGCACAGGGCUGGAGAAGGUGGGCCGUGACUCCAGUUACGAGCAGGAGGGGAAGGUUCAGUUUGUCAUGGACGCCGUGUACGCCAUGGCCCACGCUCUCCACAGCAUGCACCGGCACCUGUGCUUCGGCUACCCCGGCCUCUGUCCCCGCAUGAGCAACAUCAGCGGCAAGGAGCUGCUGGAGUACAUUCGCAAAGUCAGGUUCAAUGGAAGUGCAGGGACUCCAGUUUCCUUCAAUCAAAAUGGCGACGCACCUGGACGCUAUGACAUCUUCCAAUAUCAGAUAAGCAAGGCUUCGGUGGCGGAAUAUAAAGUGAUCGGAAGCUGGACAAAUAAGCUGCACUUAGAUGUGAAUGCCAUGCGCUGGAGGACCGGUGUCCACACUCUCCCCGCGUCUGUGUGUAGCGUGCCGUGCCGCAUGGGUGAAAGGAAGAAGAUCGUGAAGGGCGUCCCAUGUUGCUGGCACUGCGAGCGCUGUGAGGGAUACCACCACCAGGCCAGCGAGUUCAGUUGUGAGAUGUGCCCGUAUGAACAGCGACCAGACCGCAACCGAACUGGGUGCCAGCCUAUUCCCAUCAUCAAGCUGGAGUGGUACUCACCCUGGGCGUCUGUGCCCGUUUUCAUCUCGGUGCUGGGAAUCUUGGCCACCAGUUUUGUCGUGAUCACGUUCGUGCGCCAUAACGACACGCCUAUUGUGCGGGCGUCGGGCCGCGAGAUGAGCUAUGUCCUAUUGACAGGCAUCUUCUUGUGCUAUGCUAUCACCUUCUUGAUGAUCGCUACACCGACUGUUGCAGUCUGUUCUCUGCGGCGCAUAUUUCUGGGCCUGGGUAUGUGCUUCAGCCACGCCGCGCUGCUCACCAAGACCAACCGGAUCCACCGGAUCUUUGAGCAGGGCAAGAAAUCUGUCGCAGCACCGCGCUUCAUCAGUCCUGCCUCACAGCUGGCCAUCACCUUUAGUCUUAUCUCGGUGCAGCUAUUUGGCGUGUUCGUGUGGUUUGCCGUUGACCCGCCUCACACGGUGGUGGACUACGGUGAGCAGCGCACUUCUGACCCAGACAAGGCACGGGGGGUUCUCAAGUGUGACAUUUCUGACCUUUCUCUCAUUUGCUCAUUGGGCUACAGCAUCCUCUUAAUGGUCACAUGCACUGUCUAUGCCAUCAAGACCCGUGGGGUGCCAGAGACGUUCAACGAAGCCAAGCCUAUUGGAUUUACAAUGUACACGACUUGUAUCAUUUGGUUAGCUUUUAUACCCAUCUUCUUUGGCACCGCACAGUCAGCAGAAAGGAUGUACAUCCAGACCACCACGCUCACCAUCUCUCUAAGCCUCAGCGCCUCGGUGUCCCUGGGGAUGCUUUACAUGCCGAAGGUCUACAUCAUCAUCUUCCACCCGGAGCAGAACGUGCCAAAGCGCAAGCGCAGCUUCAAGGCCAUCGUCACCGCAGCCACCAUGUCGGGUAAGCUGGCCCAGAAGGGAGGAGAUCGCCCCAACGGAGAGGUCAAGACGGAGCUCUGCGAAAGCAUGGAGACCAACACGCCCUCUACCAAGACGACAUACGUCAGCUAUACCAAUCACGCCAUCUGAGACGGUACUGCCUCCAUGGAGCUGUGGCGCUUCUCCAAAUCAAGACGUGUCAUGUGACCCUGACAGGCAACCGAGCAUGAGACUUUUCCUGUCAUUCUGCAUCAAACUUUAACCUAUCAGAGCAAGGGACCACCGCAUCGCACCAGUCGGGGGUACUACUCUACAAUCUAGUGCUACCACUACGUUCUCAAACACACACACACACACACACACACACACAGAACAAAUACAAUUAAAGGGUACAAACUGAGAUGCAGUCUUGCAUUUGUGGCAAAAAAUAAAAGAAAAUUUAAGAAAAGAAAAUAUAAAAAAGCAUCCCAGUAAAAGAAAAAGAAAAAAAAUGCAAAAAACAAGAUGUGAAGCUGGUAUUUCCAUUAAACUUUUGAAAUGUGCACAUUAAAAGAUAAGAUAUAUGAAAUCUAUCAGAGGUGACAAUGUUUGUUGUAAUUCCUAUCGUAUGUAUUUUUGUGGAUGUGCAAUUAUUAUUAUUAUUAUUUUUUUUUCCAAAUUCUUGUUCUACGUUGUCUGAAACCUGCAUACCAAGAAGAGCUGUGUCUUGUUUCGGCUAAAUGGACUAUAGUUGACACUGUAAGUGCCAUGAAUGACGCAUGCCAGUU